AUGGUACCUUAUGAGGCUUUGUAUGGAAGAAAAUGUAGGACAUCGUUAUGUUGGUCAGAAGUAGGGGAUAAGGGGAUCUUAGGUCCUGAAGUUAUCCAAGAGACCACUGAAAAGAUUAAGGUAAUUAAGGAUAAAUUAAAGAUAGCCCAAAGCAGGCAAAAGAGCUAUGUUGAUAUCAGGAGAAGGCCUUUGGAGUUUGAGGAGGGAUAUCAUAUUUUUUUGAGAGUUACCCCCACCAUUAACAUUGCAAGAGUGCUAAAGUUAAAGAAAUACAUUCCUAACCCUCACCAAAUUUUGAGUCAUGAGUUUGUCCAACUCAAAUCAAACCUUACUUAUGACCCAAUGUCAGUCCAAAUUAUAGAUAGAAGUGUAAAAGUAUUGAGAAACAAAGAAAUUUCCCUAGUGAAGGUUGUUCGGGAAGGACCUUCUAUAGAAGAAGCAACAUGGGAAGCAUAG